AUGAAGGUCCCUGCAACCGCCCUGGCUGCUCUGCUCCUCGUGGCCAUCUGCUCCCCAGCUAAGGCCCAUCGCAGUGACUCCGGCAUUGCUGCAUCCUCCCAGAAGCCAGGUGAUGGCGAAUCCCCUGGGAGCCCCAGGCAGAGCCUCUACUGCACCGUGGGGUCUCACUGGGGCUGUCUCUCUGCCCCCACAGGCACCCGCGCCAUCACCUGCUGCUUCGCCUACAUGCACCGCCCCAUCCGGCGCAGCAACAUCAUCACCGCCUACCAGACCAGCAGCAAGUGCAUCCAGCCAGCAGUGAUCCUGGUCACCAAUAGGGGGAAUGAGAUCUGUGCAGACCCCGAGGCGCACUGGGUGCAGAAGUAUCUGAAGCACUUCCAGAUUCUGGAGCACUGA